UAACUCCUAAGCAAAUGCUCGUGUCUUUCACUCUUCCAUAACCUCCUCAAGUUUUUUCUACACACCUCCUCCACUUUCUUCCAAACCAAUGAACAUUACCUCCUCAUCUUCAUGUAAAACCCUCUCGUUCUCUCUCCUCAUAUCUUCAUGGCACCACCAUCAUCAUCCUCAACAACAACAACAGAAUCCCAAAAUUUCAAUCAUCUCAUCUUCAACUUCAUCCAAUCAACAGCAACCAACUUCUCUUCUCUAAUUCCCCACAAACCCAAAACGACGCACUCCAUUCCCAUCAUUUCUACACCCUCUACUUCUAAAGUUUUUCUCCCUCUUCCUCUCCCUUUUUCUGAGUCAACUCACCAUGACUCGCCCUCUUCCUCGGGUUCUUCUCACCGGGUUGCACCGCCUGAACCCGGGUCGGGUUUCCCGUCAAUGGUUCGAAUUGGUGGGUUGAAGUCCGCCGGAAGUGGCGCCGGUAGUGGUGGUAGUGGGCCCGCUUUUGUGGGGCAAGUGUUCAGUAUGUGUGAUAUUACUGGAACUGGUCUUAUGGCUGUUUCUACUCAUUUUGAUAUACCCUUCAUUUCUAAGAGAACACCAGAGUGGAUCAAGAAGAUGUUUUCGGCUAUUUUAAAGAAUGACUCAGGCCCUGUCUUCCGUUUUUUCAUGGAUCUUGGUGAUGCUGUUUCCUAUGUUAAAAGGCUGAACGUUCCUAGUGGCGUUGUGGGUGCUUGCCGACUUGAUUUAGCAUAUGAGCAUUUCAAGGAAAAACCUCGUAAUUUCCAGUUCGUUCCAAAUUCAAAGCAGGUGAAAGCAGCUAGCAAGCUUCUAAAAGGAAGUAAAUUAACUGACAGUGGACAUAUUGACGGUGUUCCUGUUUUCUCAGCUCAGAAUCUAGAUAUUGCAAUAGCAACUCCUGAUGGAGUUAAGUGGUACACUCCUUAUUUUUUUGAUAAAAACAUUCUGGAUAACAUUUUAGAGGAAUCUGUUGAUCAGCAUUUCCAUUCUUUGAUUCAAAGCCGUCAUGUUCAACGGCGGGGCGAUGUUAGUGAUGAUAACUUUGCAGCAGAAAUAAUAGAAGAGAGUGCAGAGAGCAUAUGGGAGCCUGGAGAGGUACAGGAUUUGAUGGAUGAGAUGGGCCAGCCUGGAAUACCCUUAAGUGUCAUAUCAAAGGCUGCUGAAAUGCAGCUUUCAUAUGCUGUUGACAAAGUGCUCCUGGGGAAUAGGUGGUUGAGGAAAGCCACUGGGAUCCAGCCAAAAUUUCCAUACAUGGUUGACUCCUUUGAGAGGAGGAGUGCUGUUUCACGGUCAAGAGCACUUAAGGUAGCCACCUGUUCUGCAAAUUCUGAUAGGGAAAGCCUAAAUGAACUGCCAGAGCAGUCAGCUUCGGCAAAGCUAGGACCAGAAAAUAAAGAUCAAACUACUGCUCUGGAGCAACCUGAUCUCCCUUCUCCAAGGAGAGACUGGCUAAGAUUACCUUGGCUGAAGCCUCAAUGUGAAGCCAAUAAAGAGGCUGAUUCAAGGUUUGUAGAUUCACCUGCUGGUCAUGUGAAGGAAGAACUUCAAAGUAGUCCACUUCUCCCAAGGAUUACGAUGGUUGGUAUUGCUACAACUGAGCCUGGUCAAAUGAGCAAAGCCUCAAUAAAGAAGACCAUGGAAGAUUUAAGCAAGGAAUUAGAACAGGAAGGCCAGGGAAAUUCUGCCUCUAAGAGCUCAGGAAAGUGUUGCCUUGAGGAUAGAGAUCCCCUUUUCGUAGCAAAUGUAGGGGAUUAUUAUUCAAGCAUGAGUAAGUCAAGCUCACCUCGGUGGCUACGUGGUGUUCACAGAUAAACUCUUUAUAGGUAAUUGGGGUAUUUUAAGCUGUACAUCAUGUAAUCGGGUUGAAAUGAAGCUUAACGUGAAAGCAAGCAUUGGAACUUUUAAUUGAUUGAUUAAUGGAGUUCCUCGCUGCUUAUAGACCACGGUGGAGGUUAAGUAAAGAAUGAUGAAUACCAAACUUAGAAGGCAGCUAUGAAGAAACUUAAUACGGAGUAGUAAUAGAAAUUGUUCAGAAGGUGCAGCUACUGGAGAAAUUAUUUAAGAGAUAGGAAGCUAAGGUGUUAGGGGUUCUACGUCGACUAGGAUACUCAUUGCUGUACAAGUUUAGGUUGUACUGUAUUGUAUAAUAAGAUGAUCGUUUUGAAGUUGUCCAUUCUUGGUUUUCAAGCUGAAAUAAAAGUUUAUGAGUUUAUCUUUAGUUCUUUA